UUUUAGCUUUUUCCGGGUCAGAGGUUAGAGUUCGAAAGGCGUGGCUGGAACAGGUUAAAAAUGGCGGACAGAAACCAGGACAGAAACAAGGAAGGAGAGAAGAAGAAGAAGGAGAGUAUCUUUGACCUGUCAAAGUACAUUGAUAAACAAAUCCGUGUGAAGUUUCAGGGAGGACGAGAGGCCAGUGGAGUUCUGAAGGGGUUUGACCCCCUGUUGAACCUGGUAUUGGAUAGCACCAUCGAGUACUUGCGGGAUCCUGACGACCAGUUCAAGCUGACCGAGGACACGCGGCAGCUGGGCCUGGUGGUUUGUAGAGGGACGUCCGUGGUGCUCAUCUGUCCUCAGGACGGCAUGGAAGCCAUCCCCAACCCCUUCAUCCAGCAGCAGGACGGAUAGUCGGCCAGCCUCGUUCUCUAGGAUGACCUCACAGUAGUCCAAUUCCUGGUGUGUAUGUUAAUUGUAUUUCCUUGAUUCCUUGCAUCCUCUACUUGCCUCCUUCUCAAAAUGCAUUGGAGGAGAAGAUCAGAGGAGAGGAACCAAAUAUCUACUCCAAUGUGCUUUGAGAAGGAGGGAGGAUGUGAGGACUCAAUGAAAUAUUAUUGCAGUUAUUAUGAAAAAUAUAUAUAUACAAAUAAAAAAAAUGGAUGCACUCACUAACUGUAAGUCGCUCCGGAUAAGAACGUCUGCUAAAUUACUAAAAUGUAAAUGUAAAAUGUUAACUCCUAUGCUCCCCUGUCCCAUCUCCCCAAGGUGUACUUCAUGUUUACUCUCACCAUCAGCCCCACACAUCUUUGAGUCCCUAUAAUCAGGAAAAUAAUUUUGUUGUAAUUUAAUUGGUGUUGCCAACCUGAAUAUUGAUCUAGCAGGGAAUGGUGUGAUAGCGUGUGUUUUGUUUAUAAAUGAAGAAUGGUGAUUUAAAUGUUCUUUUUUUUUGUUGGGGGAAGUUUUUCUGACUGCAGAAAACAUUUUUGCUGUGAUGGUAAACACUGAAAAUGGUUUUAUUACUUUUUACUACUGUUUUCCCAGUCAGGCCAGGAUUGAACGAUAUGGCAUAUUAUGUUUUUGCAUUCCAAAUGUAAUAAAUUGACUAUUUUCUUUA